CUGGAUUUCCUGAGUUUUGAAUUAGCUGCUCCAAGCACUGCUGUAGAAAACACUGGUCAAUGUUUGAAUGAUCAGUUUGUUGUGACAGCUGGGACAGGAAGUUCCUCUCCAGUCAUAUGUGGCACAAAUCAUGGACAGCACAUGUAUAUUGAAGUUGGAUCAGACUAUGAAGCUGCAGUUCUGAAUGUGGUGACCAAUGGAUUUGGGAAAGUUGGCAGCAGGAUCUGGAAAAUUAAGAUCACUCAGAUCAAGUGUAAUGAUUUGAGCAAAGCACCUGUGGGAUGCUUGCAGUACUACACAGGAGUGACUGGGACCCUUCAAAGCUUCAAUUACGCAAAUGCCAAAGGGGCACAACUGGCAAACCAGGUUUAUUCAAUUUGCAUCAGGACUGAACAAGGAUUAUGUGGGAUCAGAUAUUCUCAGUGCAUUGACAGAGCAAAUAAUCCAUCAAAAAGUUUCACCAUCACCGGGCUUGCUGCAACUGUCACUGGUGGAAAUCAGCAAUUUCCGCCAGUCUCAGAGGUGUCAAAUUUCUGCACGGUCACUGGAGACAAGGACUGGCUGUCUAUUCCAUGCGGUACUGACCAAGCAGGAUUCACCACUCAGACAACUGACCAGGCGAUCUAUUGUCCGGACAGGUUUUGUGGCACCGCCUUGAACCCGAUAGGGGGCCUGGACAGAGCAGCUUCAGUUUAUAACCUGAUCGAGUUGGACUCAACAAGUGAUUAUGGAUUCAUUUCGAGCCCUGGAUACCCAGGAAAUUACCCAGAUUCCAUAUUUUCACACCAGGACUGCGGCUCACAAAUAACUGUGGCAAAUAAUGAAAUCGAUUCCGUUGUACUGGGAUUCCUUCAAGUGAGGUUAAACGACGGGGAUUACCUGAGUGUCAAAGAAACUCAUUAUAAUCCUCCUUCAGAAAGCACAGACCAGUUUACUGGUUCAUUUGACCUGUUUCUGCCAGAACUGAUUAUUGCCAACGAGACUUUGGUUUAUUUACAAAGUGAUGUCUCUGAUUCAAAUACUGGAUUUUUGGCUGCUUACGCUGGAAAACUUGUUCCCAACACCACACAAAGUCAGGUUGAUGCACCAAAGGAGAAACCAGAAAACGCUGACUUGAAAAAACAGGUCAUUAGGGUCAACGUGGCGACAGGUGAAGUGUGGACGGAUUCCAAGAACCCCGAUGACAUGGUCAAGCAAACGGUGCAACAUGUGCCAGGGAAACAAUUUGGUGUCAUUAUGUCUCCAUUUCAUCCUCUGCAAUAUCCCAUCAAUGUCCUUCUCGACUACCAACUUGUGGUACCUCACGGUGCCAGAAUUGCCCUGCGGUUUCUCAGAGCAGACUUUGAAGUCUGCUGUGAUUAUGUUUCCAUCCAUGAUUCCGACCUGCCGAUGAUGAUGAAAGUGCUGGUGAUUCUUCUUUGUGCUGAACUUUCUGCUCUCGCGGCUUUUGCCGAGAAUAGUUUGUCAUCGCAAAUAUCUCAGAUCAAAGCAGAAGACAGAGACGUUUGCGGGGGCUUAGAGCAAAUCGUGUUGACUGACAUUCAGGACCAUGGUUUCAUCUCAAGUCCAGGGUACCCAAGCAAUUACCCCAACUCCGUGGUACCCAGAGACUGCGGACAAGACCUUUUGGUCGACAGUGGUACCAUUGACACUGUGAGGCUAGGGUUUCUACACCUACGCACCAUGAAUGAAGACUACGUGCAACUCGAACUCCGCGAAACAAAUCCGAACUUGGAAUGGUUCGAACAGUUCACAGGAACAUACGACUUGUUCGUGCCGCCGCUUUUUGCUGCGAAUGAAGCCACAGUUUUUCUGCAGAGUGACGCCACAGGAGCAGAUAUUGGUUAUUUGGCUGCUUAUGCUUCUGAAUUGCCAAAUAAUGGGAAAGAAGCCCAAAUGGAAGUGGAAGACAAAAACGGUCCCGGAAUUUACGAACCUAGUUCCGUUGAAGUCAUCAACAUCAACACGGCAACAGGAGAAAUCACGACCACUGGGGAUGUGAACCAGUUGCACACCAAGGUUCAACCAAUUGCCUCAGAAACGUAUGGUUUCCUUUCCUCGCCAAAUCAUCCAAACAAUUACCCCAAUGCUCAAAGAAUCGUGUACAACUUGUCGGGUCCCGUGGGAUCCAGAUUCGCCCUCAGGGUGUUGCGAGCAGAAUUCGAACCCCAGUACGACUACCUUACCAUUUAUAAUAACGGGACCCCGAUUGAUAAUUUGAAACCAAAAAUGAAGUACCUUUCGAUUAUGUUAUGUUUUGGAAUUGCUUCCGUGGUGGCGUUUCCCGGAAAUAAGAGUUCAUCAAGAACAGCACAAAGCAGAGAAGUUUGCGGCGGCAUGGAGACGAUUGUGCUGACCAAUUCUUCUGACCACGGAUUCAUAUCCAGUCCAGGGUUCCCAAACACAUACCCCAGCUCUGUGCCAACCAGAGACUGUGGAUAUGACCUAGUUGUCAGCAGCUCUAGCAUUGACACCGUGAGGCUAGGGUUUCUACAACUCAGAACAAUUGCAGGAGACCUUGUGCAAGUUGAACUCCGUGACACUGAACCAGCUCAAGAAUGGUUCGAACAGUAUUCGGGAACGUAUGACUUGUUCCUGCCACCUCUUUUUGCUGCAAAUGAAGCCACGGUUUUCCUAGAAAGCGAUGCGACAGGCGAAGACACCGGUUACUUGGUAGCUUAUGCUGCAGCAUUGCCCCAUAGCAGUAAAGACGAACAAAUCCAGGUGGAAGACAAAAGUGGACCCGGCAUUUACGAACCGAGCCACGUUGAAGUGAUCAACAUCAACACGGAAACUGGAGAGAUCACGACAUCUGGCGACGCGAACCAGUUGCACACCAAGGUUCAACCGGGUGCCUCAAAAACCCACGGUUUCAUUUCAUCGCCAAACCACCCAAGCCCGUAUCCCAACAAUCAAAACAUUGUGUUCAACUUGUCGGGUCCAGCUGGAUCAAAGAUCGCAAUCCGGGUAAUGAGAAUGAAAAUUGAGCAGGGCUACGAUUCGGUCAUUAUCACCGAUAGCGGUUCCACGCUUGAACUUGUGGGUCAUACUACGACCAACUGGUUCAAAAGUCCCGCAAGAAAUGCGGAGAGCAGAGAAGUUUGUGGUGGCAAAGAGGAAAUCGUGUUGACUGAAGUAGCUGAUCAUGGGUUCAUAUCCAGUCCAGGGUAUCCAAAUAAUUAUCCCAAUUCUGUGCCACCUGGAGACUGUGGAUAUGACCUAGUUGUCAGAGGCACUGAAAUUGACUCUGUGAGGCUAGGUUUUCUACAACUAAGAACCAUUGCAGGAGACUAUGUUCAAGUUGAACUCCGUGACAACGAACCCGCCCAAGAAUGGUUCGACCAGUACACGGGAACGUUUGACCUGUUCUUGCCAGAACUUACUGCAGCAAACGAUGCCACGGUUUUUCUGCAAAGUGACGAGGCUGGAGGAGACAGAGGUUACUUGGCAGCUUAUGCAGCUGAAUUGCCUUACGAUUUUUUACAUGGACAAAUUGAGGCGGAGAACAAAAGCGGUCCUGGCAUUUAUGAAACGAGUUUCACUGAAGUGAUCAACAUCAACACGGAAACUGGAGAAAUCACGACCUCUGGCGACGUGAACGAGUUACACGCCAAGGUUCAACCGGGUGCCUCAAAAACCUAUGGUUUCAUUUCAUCGCCGAAUCAUCCAGGAUUUUACCCAAACAAUGAAAACAUUGUGUUCAAUUUGUCGGGUCCAGCUGGAUCCAAAUUCGCACUGAGGGUUCUUCGAGCUAAGUUUGAGCCCAAUUACGACUAUGUCAUCGUUUCCGAAAACGGAAGCACGCUUCUGACUCUUACGGGCUUGCGGUCAAAAAUACUCUACAGCGACACUAACGAAGUCGCUGUAAACUUCCGCAGUGAUUUCAGCAAUUCCCACAGUGGUUUCUUGAUUGCGUAUGCGACAGUUCAGACAUGAGCGAAUCACUCUGCGAUUUCCCAAUUUUUCUUCAAUUUUUUUCUUCUUUCGAAUGUGAUGCUUUGUUGAUUUAUGAUAAAAACAUAAUAAAAAAGAUAUUUCACUACC